GCAACGCCACCACCCUGCCGCCCGCCUGCCCGCAGAACCUGCACGGGGCGCUGCCCGCCAUCAUGCUGCCUGUGUGGUUCACCGACAACUUGGAGGCGGCCGCCACCUACGUGCAGAACCAGAGCGAGGACUGCCUGUACCUCAACCUCUACGUGCCCACCGAGGACGGUCCGCUCACAAAAAAACGUGACGAGGCGACGCUCAAUCCGCCAGACACAGAUAUCCGGGACUCUGGGAAGAAACCUGUGAUGCUGUUUCUCCAUGGUGGUUCCUACAUGGAAGGCACUGGGAACAUGUUCGAUGGCUCUGUCCUGGCGGCCUAUGGCAAUGUCAUCGUGGCCACGCUCAACUACCGUCUUGGGGUGCUCGGUUUUCUCAGCACUGGGGACCAGGCUGCAAAAGGCAACUAUGGGCUCCUGGACCAGAUCCAGGCCCUACGAUGGCUCAGUGAAAAUAUUGCCCACUUUGGGGGUGACCCCGAGCGUAUCACCAUCUUUGGGUCUGGGGCAGGAGCCUCUUGUGUCAACCUUCUGAUCCUCUCCCACCAUUCGGAAGGGCUGUUCCAGAAGGCCAUUGCCCAGAGUGGUACUGCCAUUUCUAGCUGGUCUGUCAACUACCAGCCACUCAAGUACACGCGACUGCUGGCAGCCAAGGUGGGCUGUGACUGGGAGGACAGCACUGAAGCUGUAGAGUGUUUGCGCCGGAAGCCUUCCCGGGAGCUGGUGGACCAGGACGUGCAGCCUGCCCGCUACCAUAUCGCCUUUGGGCCCGUGGUGGACGGCGACGUCGUCCCCGACGAUCCUGAGAUCCUCAUGCAGCAGGGAGAAUUCCUCAACUACGAUAUGCUCAUCGGCGUCAACCAGGGAGAGGGCCUCAAGUUCGUGGAGGACUCUGCAGAGAGUGAGGACGGCGUGUCUGCCAGCGCCUUUGACUUCACGGUCUCCAACUUUGUGGACAACUUGUACGGCUACCCGGAGGGCAAGGAUGUGCUGCGGGAAACCAUCAAGUUCAUGUACACGGACUGGGCCGACCGGGACAAUGGCGAGAUGCGGCGUAAAACCCUGCUGGCGCUCUUUACUGACCACCAGUGGGUGGCACCAGCCGUGGCCACCGCCAAGCUGCACGCCGACUACCAGUCUCCUGUCUACUUUUAUACCUUCUACCACCACUGCCAGGCUGAGGGCCGGCCUGAGUGGGCAGAUGCGGCACACGGGGAUGAGCUGCCCUACGUCUUUGGUGUGCCUAUGGUGGGUGCCACCGACCUCUUCCCCUGCAACUUCUCCAAGAAUGACGUCAUGCUCAGCGCUGUGGUCAUGACCUACUGGACCAACUUCGCCAAGACUGGCGACCCCAACCAGCCAGUGCCGCAAGACACCAAGUUCAUCCACACCAAGCCCAACCGCUUUGAGGAGGUGGUGUGGAGCAAGUUCAACAGCAAGGAGAAGCAGUACCUGCACAUUGGCUUGAAGCCCCGUGUGCGUGACAACUACCGCGCUAACAAGGUGGCCUUCUGGCUGGAGCUUGUGCCCCACCUGCACAACCUGCACACGGAGCUCUUCACCACCACCACGCGCCUGCCUCCCUACGCCACGCGCUGGCCACCACGCCCGCCCCCUGGCGCCCCAGGCACACGCCGGCCCCCACCGCCUGCCACCCUGCCGCCUGAGCCUGAGCCUGAACCCGGCCCAAGGGCCUAUGACCGCUUCCCUGGGGACUCACGGGACUACUCCACGGAGCUAAGUGUCACCGUGGCUGUGGGCGCCUCUCUCCUGUUCCUCAACAUCCUGGCCUUUGCUGCCCUCUACUACAAGCGGGACAGGCGGCAGGAGCUGCGGUGCAGGCGGCUUAGCCCACCUGGCGGCUCGGGCUCUGGUGUGCCCGGUGGGGGCCCCCUGCUCCCUGCUGCCGGCCGUGAGCUGCCACCAGAGGAGGAGCUGGUGUCUCUGCAGCUGAAGCGGGGUGGUGGCGUCGGGGCGGACCCUGCUGAGGCCCUGCGUCCUGCCUGCCCGCCUGACUACACCCUGGCCCUGCGCCGGGCACCGGACGAUGUGCCUCUCUUGGCCCCUGGGGCCCUGACCCUGCUGCCCAGUGGCCUGGGACCUCCACCACCUCCACCGCCCCCUUCCCUCCAUCCCUUUGGGCCCUUUCCCCCACCUCCCCCCACCGCUACCAGCCACAACAACACGCUACCCCACCCCCACUCCACCACUCGGGUAUAGGGGGCGGCUUGGGGAGGCCUCCUCCCCAGCCCUCCCCGGCCAGGGCCACUCCGAAGGCAGGGAGGAGGACUUGGCAACAGGCUUUUCUCCUGUGGAGUUGUCACGUGUCAUCGAGCAGCGUUAAGGUGGACAGGAGAUUCCUCACUGGGACGCGUGUUUUUUCCCAUGCAGAGGGGCCCGUUCUCUUCUCUGGACCUGGGCCUUUGAACAACUGGGGGGUGUUUUUUCCCCUCCAUUGGGACACCAGUCUUCGGUGUGUGGAAAUGUGGAAGUAUUUUCCCACGUGGAGGUGUGCUCUCUCACAAGGGGGUGUGUUUUCCCAUGUGCAGGGUGAGGUUUUUUUUUACCGCCCUGGACACAUGUUGGCCCCCUCAAAGAAUUUCUGUGGGGACUUGUACCCCAGAACCCUGUUCCCUCAUGCCUUCUCCCACCUCCUCCCCUCUCCCCACCCCCUGGAGACCCUGGAAGUGGUAUGGUCACGUGCAGUGACCCCUUGGCCACCAGACAACACAGGAUGGUGCCUGGGAAGCAGCAAGGAAAUCACAGCCUCCCCUCGUCCCUCCCCCCCCCAAGCGAAGCAUGUUUUUUCCUCGUGGAACAAGUCAGAUGAAGCACGUUCUCCGGGGAGGCCCUCGCCUUCCACAGAGGACAGACACGGCGUUCCUGCCGGGGAGAAGGGAGGAGAUCCGUGCAUCCCGGUGCUGCCUGGAAACUUACUUUCCCAUGGUCCAGGACACAUUUCGCUGAGUGGAAACAUAUUCUUGCAUGUGGAUGUGUCUUUUCCCAGACAGAGGGUCCCUCUCCCCCCAGCACUUCCCUGCAUCCCCCAGGCCUCAGCCCAGCACUCAGUUCCUCCUCACACAGCAGGUGGGAACAGACUUAAGUCUGACAGAAGCUGAGGGGGAUGCCUUGCUUCCCCAGAGAUGCUGAGGUGGGGGGUGGGGAGGCACGUGCCACCCACAGAGGCCAUGCAUGUUUGACCAAAGCCCUCAUCUGGGGUCUGAGGACAGCCUUUCCCUCCCUCAGUCCUCAGAUCAUUGCUCAUCUGUGCCAAACUGAGUAGGUGGGUUUGAGGGGGAAAUAGCCCCCAAAUGUGCCAAGGAUUCCCCAGUCCUGGGCCAGGGCAGGGGAAGCUGUGGGAGUAGGUGGGAUACAGGGCAGGGGGAUGUGGCAGCUAAGGGGGCCCCAACCUGUGUUUCUCUUCUCUCCACACCAUGUCACCUCUCCCUCUCUGCCUUAGUUCCCCAUUCUCCUCCAUCUCUGUCUCCCUCCUUGAAGCUGUCCCCAUCUCAGUGUCAGGCCAGCCUUCCUCCCUCAAUGGCCGACCUUUCUUCUUUGACCUGCCCCCCUUCCCUUGGCUGCUAGGGUGGAGGGUGGAGGGUGCAGGGAGGCGAGCAGGGAAGAAAGGUUUCACUGGGCAGGUUGGGGAGAGAAUGAAGUCAGCUGUUCGGAGGAACAGGUGGAGGGGGCGGUGGGGGACAGGGCUUGGACAGACACCAGCAGGAAGAAUUUGAGAGGAAAUGUGUGAGAUGACUGCCCAGGGGUCCUUGGGCCUGAGCCUCUGGGGAAAACAAUGAUGUCAGGGAGGGUUUUGAGGGAUGCCAGCAGAGGAGAGACUCCUCUGCUGGCAUUUUGUGGGAUGUCGAUGCCAAACUGGAGUAGAGGUGGAGUGCUGUCGUCCACUGACACCCAAAUCCAGAAUCCCUGGUCUCGAGUCCCCAGAACUUUGCCUCUUGGCUGCCCCUUCUCCUACCUCCAUCCCUGGAAACUUAGUUCUUUUCUGACCCUUUCCCCUGCCUGGUCUAGUUCCUCUCCAAACAGCCAUGCCCUCCAAAUGCUAGAGACCUGGGCCCUAAACCCUGUAGACAGAUGACCCCAGAAUUGGGGCAUGGGAGGGGGGCUGGAGGACCCCAUGAUUCAGCCACGGACUCUGAUGCCCAGCCCCUCUCCCCAGAACAAUCCCCUGACAAUCCCUACCCCAACCCUUUGCGGCUCUGUACACAUUUUUAAACCUGGCGAAAGAUGAAGAGAAUAUUGUAAAUAUAAAGUUUAACUGUU